GCUCCCUUUCCCAACCUCAGCGAGAUUGGCGCAUGUUCUCACGGCAACCGAGACAGGGCUGCGGCAGGGUCACCAAACUCCAAGCUCGUCACACCCACCACACCCACCACACCCAGUCGUAGUAAUGCCAGCCCACCGCGGCUUGGAAGUGCACGUUCAGAUCGACAACCAGAACCUCGAGGAAUUUCAGACAACCGUAUCGGACGAUGGCAAAACCGUCACUUGCUACAUUGCCUCCCAAGAAGAUAAAGACUAUGUGCUGUUCUACGACCUGUUUCCAGAAAGGGGUCACAUUGACCGGAGAGAGCAGGGAGUGAAGGCACCCCACUAUAGGUGCAAGGCGAUUCUGGACGGUGUUCCGCAGACCAGGACAAUUGUCUCGCAAUCGAAGUUCCAGCAGAAGGGUGUCCACCGCGGGAAUUUCCUCUACCCUUUUCGUUUCGGGAAACUGGACCUGGACGCACAGGACGAAGAUGUACCUUUUGUACGCCCGUCACAGGCCUCGGCUCUGCAGGAGUUGAGCACCAUCAAGGUCGAAGUUACUCGCGUCGCCAAGUCAGAAAGCUUCAGCCGGGACCAGCCCUGGGUCGAUGCUCCCCCUGAGUUAGCGGCUGGGAACGUUCCGAAGAAGAAAGGGGCCUUCCUUAGUCAUCGCAGUGUCCUAGGCGAUGGGGUAGCAGCACCUCCUCGGGCGUCGUGCCACUGCGUAUUCAUGGACAACGAGCAACCUAUCGUGACGUUUGUUUUCCGAUACCGAUCGCGUGCGCUCCUCGAAGCCGACGAUAUUAUACCAUUCGUUCCAACCGAGGCCGACGCCGCAGCCGACAACGACGCCGACGCCGGCCCCGAACCCCCUCGCAACCCGCGUCGCAACCGCAUCAACUUACAGAAGAACCGAUCCACCACCCCAAUCCAGAUCGACGAAGGCGACGACAUUACAAUUGACCUCACAGCCGAAACAGAAUCGUUCACUGUCACCCGCCGCAAACGCGAAUCGGGAGCAUCGUCUUCAUCGGUCGUCAAAAGGGUAAGGACGAGGGGCGAUGGCGGCGUGGUCGACCUCGUGAAACGGGAGACUUCUCCUGAGGAGGUCAAUCAGUUGCGAGAACGGGUCCGGUUUUUGGAGUCGCAGCUGAGCAAGCGGGGCGGCGAAGGGAGUGGGAGCGGUGGGAGUGGGAGUGGGAGUGGGGGUGCGGACGGCGCGGCUGGACCGGCUGUUCCAUCGUCCUUGACGGCGUAAAGGAGUUCUUG